UUAGUCGAAUUCAAUUAGAACGCAGAGGCGCGGAGGAAAAUGUCAGGUCUUCUCGGCAAUAAUUAAAUUAAAACAACACAAUUGCCAGACAAUCACUUUCUGAAGUUCGGGGAUAUAUAUCGUGUUCUUGAGUGUAACAGUUGAAGGAGUCCUCUCCUCUAGGGUCUACUCAAGAGUUGAGAACAUGAACACUGCACCAGCUUAUCCCCUGGCCUCCCUGUACGUGGGGGAUCUUCAUCCUGAUGUUACUGAGUCUAUGCUGUACCAGAAAUUUUCACCUGCUGGACCAAUCAUGUCCAUUCGUGUAUGCCGUGAUGUCAUUACUCGCAGGUCUUUAGGAUAUGCCUACAUUAACUUUCAGCAGCCUGCAGAUGCGGAAUGCGCUCUUGAUACAAUGAACUAUGAGGUCCUCAAGGGUCGUCCAAUGAGAAUCAUGUGGUCACAACGUGAUCCAGGUCUUAGGAAGUCUGGUGUUGGGAAUAUCUUCAUCAAGAACAUGGAUGAGUCUAUUGACAAUAAAGCACUUUAUGACACCUUCUCUGCAUUUGGAAAUAUCCUGUCCUGCAAGGUUGUGUGUGAUGAGCGUGGCUCCAAAGGCUAUGGCUUUGUGCACUUUGAGACACAAGAGGCUGCCAACCGUGCCAUUGAGACCAUGAAUGGCAUGCUGCUGAAUGAUCGCAAAGUACAAGAGGCAGGUAAAGAAAUGGAGACAGACAGUGCAGAUCCAAGCAUUGCAAACCGAAAGCUCCAUUCCCUGUGGAAAAAUUGUCAGCUGUCGACAAUUAGUUUUGUAGGCCAUUUUAAAUCCCGCAAAGAACGUGAGGCGGAGUGCGGAGCGAAGGCUAUGGUCUACACUAAUGUUUACAUCAAGAACUUUGGAGAAACUUAUGACGAUGAGCAACUUAUGAUAAUCUUCUCAGAGUUUGGGAAAACACUGAGUGUUCGUGUGAUGCGUGAUGAGCGAGGUAACUCCCGUGGCUUUGGCUUUGUGAACUAUGAGAACCAUGAGGAUGCUCAGAAGGCUGUGGAGGCGAUGAAUGGGAAGGAGCUGAAUGGGCGGAUCCUGUAUGUGGGCCGUGCUCAGAAGAGGCUGGAGCGGCAGGGGGAGCUCAAGCGCAAGUUUGAGCAGAUCAAGAUGGAUCGCAUCCAGCGCUAUCAGGGGGUUAAUCUCUAUGUGAAGAACCUAGACGAUAGCAUCAACGAUGAGCGACUGAGGAAGGAGUUUGCUCCCUAUGGCACCAUCACUAGCGCCAAGGUGAUGACUGACGGCGGCCACAGCAAGGGCUUCGGAUUUGUCUGUUUCACCUCACCGGAGGAGGCAACCCGCGCCGUCACGGAGAUGAACGGCCGCAUCAUCAGCACCAAGCCGCUCUACGUGGCAUUAGCUCAGCGGAAGGAUGAGCGGAAGGCCAUCCUCACCAACCAGUACAUGCAGCGGCUGGCCAGCGUCAGGACCAUGCCCGGAGCCCUGGUGACCAACUACCAGCAACCUCCCUACUACAUCCCCACCAUGCCUCAGCCCCCAGGCCGUCAUCCAUACAAUGCUGGUGUCCGCUUUGGCCCAAGAUGGACUACUCAGCCUCCCAGACCACAGGCGCUCUACGCUGCUCAGUACGUGACGACCCGCCGGGCCUCCACCCCCAUCAGCAGUGUCCAGCAGGCCUCUACACAGGCGCCGCGCGUGGCCAAAAACACCACGCUAAGGAUGGCCAACAUUGGUACCCAGACUGCAGGAAGACGAGCAGUCGCUGGGGCUGUGAGUCGUGGGGUCAGCCAGUACAAAUACUCCAGUGGAGUCCGCAACGUCCAGCAGGUGAUCCCUGUGCCUUUAUCCCAUGUGAACCAGCAGGUUCCAAACAUCCCUGUGAUGGAGCCAGCAGUUCAUGUGAGGGGACAGGAACCUCUCACAGCCUCUAUGCUGGCAGCAGCUCCACUCAUGGAGCAGAAACAGCUGCUGGGUGAGCGACUGUACCCUCUGAUCUACGCCCUGCACCCCAACCUGGCGGGGAAGAUCACAGGCAUGCUGCUGGAGAUAGACAACUCUGAGCUGCUCCACAUGUUGGAGUCUCCCGAGUCUCUGCACUCCAAGGUAACACACAUUUUGAGGUGGACAUGUUUUUUAAUCAAGUACAGCUCAUAUGUAUAGCCAACCACAGCUCAU